AAAUCUUAUGUUCCCUCCCCCUGUUUGAAUAACAAUAUGGAGAAGAAGAAAAAGCAACUGGGGCAGAAGAAGAUGUAUCUGUGUUGUAGAACUGAAUAUUUUAGAAAAAGGGUUCACUUUGGGUGGUAAUAAUAUCGUUACUUUGCUCUGUAGGACUAUCACAAACCAGUAGAUGGCGGUAAUGCAACAGCUAUCAAUGCACAACCUUCAUAAAAACCAGCAGAAGAAGAAGCCGUUUUGUUUCCAGUCGGACACAUUUAGCCAGACACAGCUAGGUUCACGUGCAGCAGUGCAAGCCUCACCACAGACAGCUCAAAAUGCCAAAGAGGGGAAAAGCAAAGAGACGGAGCAGUGAGGAGGAACAGCUCCCCUCUAAACAGAGCCGGGAAGAACCCAGCGACCUUCCCUCCCCCCUGAGCUUCCAGAGCCCUGCAGAUCUUUUCAGCAGCCUCCUGCAGCCUCUUGACUCAGAGACGUUCUUCAGGGAGUUCUGGGAGAAGAAACCGAUCCACCUGCAGAGGUCUGACCCCUCCUUGGUAUCGUACUACAAGUCUCUGUUCCAGCUGUCGGACCUGCAGGCUCUUUGCUCUCAGGGCCUGCAGUACUACACAGACGUCAACGUGGUCCGCUGCAUCAAAGGCCAGAAGAAAGACCUGAACCAGGAGGGCCGGGUCAAACACAGUGUGCUCAAUAAGAACCUGGUCCAGAACAAGGCCACCAUCCAGUUCCACCAGCCCCAGAGGUUCAAGGACGAGUUGUGGAGGAUCCAGGAGAAGUUGGAGUGUUUUUUCGGAACCUUGGUGGGCUCUAACGUCUACAUCACCCCUGAGGAGUCCCAGGGUCUCCCCCCUCACUACGACGAUGUCGAGGUGUUCAUUCUGCAGCUUGAAGGACAGAAAAAUUGGCGUCUCUACAGUCCAACGGUUCCCCUGGCAGCAGAGUACUGUGUGGAGCCAGAGGACAGGAUCGGCAGCCCCACACACGACAUCACGCUGAAGGAGGGAGAUCUGCUCUACUUCCCCAGAGGAACCAUCCACCAGGCCAGCACUCCAGCAGGAGUCCACCACUCCACUCAUCUGACCCUCAGCACCUACCAGAGAAUGUCGUGGGGAGAUCUGCUGUCAGAUGUAACCCCGAGCAUGCUUGGUGAACGCAGCAGGACUGACGUCAGUCUGAGAGAGGGCGUGCCCCCAGGACUCCUACUGGGCUGCAGCGCAGAUGAGAACACCUGCAAGCGUCUGGCGGCUCACCUCAGGUGUCUAGCUGAUGUGCUGGAAACAGGUAAACAGGAUGUGAGGUGCACUCACCUGAAGAGAGACUUCAUCAUGAACAGACUGCCUCCACACAGCCAGCAGCUCAUCCAGCCAAUGGGGAGGAUCCCUGCUCUGGAGGACGAGGUGUGUUUGAGGUUUAAGGAUCACAUGGUGAUAACAGUGGAGCCCCCCCAGCAAAGAACAGAUGAUGUCACAGAGCAGGUUGUGUUUGUCUUACACUCGCUGAAGAAUCAGAGAGAGAAUCACAUGAUGGGUGAAGAUGAUGAAGAGGAGGAGCAGGAAAUCUCCAGGGGUCUCCAGUUCCCUCUGUCCCACCUCCAGGCGCUGAUGCAGCUGAAGCAGGAGGACCGCGUCUCUGUGGGUCAGCUCCAGCUGUCCUCACAGGAGGACAAACUCAGUCUGGUUCUGGCUCUGUGGUCUGAGAGCCUGCUGGAGGCGCUGUAACACAAAACUGAACAUCCAUCUGUGAAAAGUCAGAGCUGCCUGGUUUUAUUUCACCUCAGUGUCUCAGUGUGUUAUUCUAUGUAAUAAAGCUGAAACACAUCC